GCCGAGCCAGCGGAAAGCGACGGCGGCACCUGCGAGCGGAGGCCGAAGCAGGGCAUGGCGGUGCCGUCGGUUCUGUGAGGGCGGUGCGGCCGCGGGGCCCGCCAUGCGCCGGCGGCCCUGACAUGGGCGCCAGCGGCUCCAAAGCUCGGGGCCUGUGGCCCUUCGCCUCAGCGGCGGGGGGCGGUGGCCCAGAGGCGCCUGGCGCGGCGGGUGCCGAGCAGGCAUUGGUGCGGCCGCGAGGCCGAGCCGUGCCCCCCUUCGUCUUCACGCGCCGCGGCUCCAUGUUCUAUGACGAAGAUGGGGAUCUGGCUCACGAAUUCUAUGAGGAGACAAUCGUCACCAAGAACGGGCAGAAGCGGGCCAAGCUGAGGCGGGUGCAUAAGAACCUGAUUCCUCAGGGCAUCGUGAAGCUGGAUACCCCCCGCAUCCACGUGGAUUUCCCUGUGAUCCUCUAUGAAGUAUGA